UUACAGGAACUAAUGCAGUCAAAAUUUAGGGCCAAUAGAACAGCCAUUACUGAAUUCAUCCUGCUGGGCUUGGUGGAGACACCAGGGCUACGACCAGUUGUCUUUGUAGUCUUCUUCUUUGCCUACCUGGUCACAGUUGGAGGCAACCUCAGCAUCCUGGCUGCCAUCUUCAUAGAGCCUAAACUCCACACCCCCAUGUACUUCUUCCUAGGCAACCUAUCAGUGCUGGAUGUUGGGUGCAUCACCGUCACUGUUCCCUCGAUGUUGUCUCGUCUCCUGUCCAACAAACAUACAAUUCCCUAUGGAGCCUGCCUCAUACAACUUUUCUUUUUCCAUCUCUUGGUUGGGGUAGACUGCUUCCUGCUGACAGCCAUGGCCUAUGACCGAUUCCUGGCCAUCUGCCAGCCCCUAACCUACAGCACCAGAAUGAGCCAGACAGUCCAGAGAAUAUUGGUAGCGGUGUCCUGGGCUUUAGCCUUCACCAAUGCACUGACCCACACAGUAGCCAUAGCCACACUCAACUUCUGUGGUCCCAAUGUGAUCAAUCACUUCUAUUGUGACCUCCCACAGCUCUUUCAGCUCUCCUGCUCUAGCACCCAACUCAAUGAGCUGCUGCUCUUUGCUGUGGGUUUCAUAAUGGCAGGUACCCCCUUGGCUCUCAUCAUCACCUCCUAUGCCCAUGUGGCAGCUGCAGUCCUACGAAUCCGCUCUACUGAGGGCAGGAAGAAAGCCUUCUCCACAUGUGGCUCUCAUCUCACUGUGGUUGCCAUAUUCUAUGGUUCAGGUAUAUUUAAUUACAUGCGACUGGGUUCAGCCAAGCUUUCGGACAAGGAUAAAGGAGUUGGGGUCUUCAAUACUGUUAUCAACCCUAUGCUGAAUCCAAUCAUCUACAGCCUCAGGAAUCCUGAUGUACAGGGUGCCCUCUGGCGGGUGCUCAAGGGGACGCCAUCACUAGCUUGACAAGGUCUUGAGUUCUGGAACGUCACUCCCUUAUUUUCUUUUUCUGAACUGAAAGAGAAAUACUCUAAAGCCAGUAACUAAGACAAAUGGUCCUUAAUUGCUUCUGCCUUCCAGCAAAACAUG